CAGCCAAACGUCCCUCCCGGAUUUGAUUGUGACAAAUUGAAGAACUUUACAAGACGAUGGAACUACCCGAAGACGCCUACGAAGACGAGUUAAUUGACGCCUUCGACGCCCCAGAGUCUGAGGCCCCGACGCCUACGAAGCCUCCCGCCACUUCACCGCCGUUUAAUAGCGUUAAUAUUGGACAACCGAUACGUCCGAAGGUUCAGGAAUCUCUGUACCCGACGUUUAAUGACACGCUUAAGAAAUCAGAAGCUCCUAUCGUGCAGCCGUCUAAGGCGAAUAGCGUCGGUAUUAAAGAGAUACAGCAGCACAGUUUCCCACCUCCGCUUGUUCAAGUGUAUCGGGAGGAAGAGUUGAUGUCGGAGGAGGAAUUACAUAGAAAACAGCAGCAGAUUGAGCGAGAUAUGCGAGUGUAUCAAGAGCGGUUUGAUCAUGUGGCAAAAGCUCUGGCGGGGGAAACUGCUCAUCAGAUUCGGGAGCGCAAGAAGCGCGAGGUGGAACGACUGGAGCGACAGGAAAAGCGGCACGAGGCCAUGGAGACGCGCUUGCAGCAUCAGAUUGAGAGAUUAGAGGAGAGAGAAGAGCGACGAGCUCGAAUUCAAGCGAGGCACCACCGAACGAGCAGAAGCCCGUCUCCUAGUAGUGAUCACGAGGAUUUAGACGUCUUAGCAGAGGAUAAUGGACAUGACAAACAAGAAUAAAGACGGCAACAUUCACAACUUGGAUGGUAACCAAGAGACCUAGUGAACGGCUAAGGCAACGACAGGGGCUUCGUUUCGCGAACGAGGUACGCGUAGGUAUCCGGAUCGUCCUUCAACAGAGGCUGCAGCUUGUCGUGGACCUCUUUGUGGUACGCGUUAAGCCACUUGAUCUCCUCGGGCGUGAGAAGACUCGCGUCGAUGAGUUUCUGCUGAAUUGGAGCCAUGGUGAGCGUCUCAAACUCGCAGAAAUCGCGGUUAAGCGGACUCUUGAUGUGAUGAGCCUGGCAAAGAUACAGUAGUUAAAUAUACGAAGCCAGAACCACGGAAAUAUACACGACUUACCUUCUUGAC